CUACGAAGCGUUAACUGUAAUUUUCUUUCAAAAUGUCAGAUAUCAAGAAUUUCGAUCGCAUGUUUCGCCUCGAUGGCAAGGUAGCACUUGUUACUGGAGGAUCGCGAGGAUUGGGUCUUCACACCGCGACUGCAUUCCUUCUCGCGGGUGCGAAGAAGGUUUUUAUUUCAGCACGAAAGAACGCAGGACCCCAAGGCAUAGACCAGGCCGUUGAGAAACUAAACAAACUCAAUGUCAAGGGCCAGGCAAUUGGAAUCGCUGCAAAUGUUGCCGAUACGGACGAUAUCGCACGCCUUGUCAAGAAAAUUCAAGAGACAGACGACAAAUUGGACAUUUUGGUUUGCAAUGCCGGCGCGACCUGGGGUGGUCCUUUUGAACCUACGCCAGAUUCUUCAUCACAGAAGGUGCUUGAUUUGAACGUUCGAGGUGUUUUCAAUUUAGCUAGACUCUUCACGCCUAUGCUUGAGAAGGCCGGCACACGACAAGAUCCCUCGCGCAUCAUCAUUGUUAGCUCAACGGCUGGCACAACAGUCCCACACGUUGGCGAACAUGGAACCAUUAUGUACAGUGUUUCCAAAGCUGCAGCACAUCACAUGUCACGCCAACUUGCCGUGGAACUGGGUCCUCGCAACAUCACUACAAACACAGUUGCGCCCGGCUUCUUUCCCUCGAAAUUGGCUAACGGUUUAAUUGAACUUCUUGGUGGCCAAAAGGAGCUAGAAGAGGGAAACCCGAGGAAAAGACUUGGUGAGGCGGAGGACAUUGCGGGCGUAAUGGUUUAUCUGGCUAGCCCUGCAGCGGCGUAUGUUAAUGGAGAGGAUAUUGCCGUUGAUGGCGGAGUGAGGUUUGCUCAGGGAAGGCAAUCCAAAUUGUAGACUAUUCGUCCCAACUGUUCGUAUAAGGUGUUUAUUUCCAUUUAUCAUGAGCAAAUAUCAG